UUAAAAAUAUAACAUAUAUAAUUUCUUAAUUUACUGGUUAAAAAAAACAAGUAAACUUGAAAUGUAGUAUGCUUGCUUUUGAAAAAAUGAUCGUCUAUAUCUGUGAAAUAUAAAAUAUCGCGGAAUUUUAUUUAAAUACAUUACGUCGAAUAAUUUUAUGUACACUUUUGUUGCUAAGACAACGCUAUCGAUAGAUUAACCCAUACGUAUAUAAGAAUUAUAAAAGUACUUUGUUUCUAAAAGUAGAAGUUAAACAUUAAAAAAAUGUCAUCAUAUGCAACACCAAUACUUUAUUUAAAUAUGGGUGGCGAAAUGUUAUAUGUUUUGCGACAAAGAUUGAAAGCACAAAGAAUAAGUAUUGAUAAAACUAUACAAGUGUUAGAUGAUGUAACUGCAGCAUUGCUUAAUCCUAAAACAUUAUCUUCUAUAUUUGAGCAAAAAUCUUUGACCAAAGUAUCUUUUUUACGAUCUACUUUAGAAUCUGUUGUAUUAUCAUCAAUAAUGAAACUUGAUAAAAAUAGUAUGGAUAAACUAUUUGAUUUAAUGAUUAUGAUGGUUAAAUAUCAGUUAAUUGCAGCUACUGGUCCUGUAGAAGUUAUAUUAUUAACAUUAAAUCACAUAGAUGCAAUGCGUGAUAUGGUUAGCAAUUUAAAUGCUCAACAAUGUGUUGGAUUGGUACAUCAAAUGGUAACUGAUUUUUAUAGUACUCUAACUUUUGAAGAAGUUUGGAAUGCUAGGAAUGAUUGUAUAAAAGAAUUAGAAUAUUAUUGCGUAAAGAUAUCUAUUCUUCUUAGACUUGGAUUACAAAAUGAUGAUGGAAGUUUUAAUUCAAUGCAUCACAAAUAUGAUGAAAAAUAUGAAGAGAAUAAAACUAAUUUUUAUAAUAUUAAAUUAUGUGAUAUAAAUUUGGAAACAUACUGUAAUGGUUCUUUUAAUCUUUUUGGAGAACGCGGUACAAUACUUGGAAAAAAUAUGUAUUCAAUGUCAUAUAAUAUAUCGAAAUUAACUUCUGAACAAGAAAACCAAAAUUAUAUAAAAGACUGUGGUAUAAAAGCAGAACUUGGUAUGUUAGCUGUUCAACUAGGAACUGAAGAAACUUCAUAUAAACGACCCUUUACUUUGAAUUUGCUUUCAAAUGAAGAUAAUGAUAGUGCAAACAUAAAAGAAAAUUUUGAUUCUUUAAAAGAUAAUCACAAUAAUGCAAUUGUAAAAUUCGAAAAAACAAAACUCAAUGAAGAUUAUAAAACGAAACUUGAUAUUAUACGUGCAGAUCUUUUCGAAAAUGAUUGUGAAGAGAUAAAACAUAAUACAAAUUUGUUGGAAUUAUUAGAUAAAACGGAAUAAUUUUAAUCUACUUUUCAAUUACAUUGUAUAAUUAAUACAAUGCAUAUAAAUUUUUUUGAACUUUCUCUUUAUAUUUAUG